UUGAUUUAUCCAGAAAACAGACGUCCCUAUAUAGAAGGAUGGCCAAGCUCCUGCGGAGGUUCAGGAGGAAGGCUCUGCAGGUGCCCCCAGAGCCUUCGGGAAGGAGCGGCCAUCUUCCCAAGGGGCAGAGCCACCUCUCCGUCCCCGCUGGCGGGGAAGCAGCUCCCAUCCAGGCCAGAAGGCGGAAGUUCCCAGCCUUCUGGAGAACAAAGCCAGCUCCCGGCGCAGGCGCCGACCUGGGAGAGGCCCCGACCAAGCCCAGGUGGAGUUGGCUCAGGAUGAGGUUUUGCGGCCAGGACCCAGCCCAGGAGGGGCACCGGGCAGGGAGGCUCUGGGGCCUGUUAUGUGGGCAGCAGCGGCCCCAGGAGCCCAGCCCUCAUUCCCAGCAGGGGGCAUCGCCCUGCCCGGGCUCUGAGGAUCUUUCAGCCCCCUCAGACCAGGAGCUAGAAGAUCCCAGCACCAUCAGCUCAGCACGGGACAGCAGCAGUGCCUGGGGCUCCAGCAGCAGCGACGCCUCUGGACGCUGCUGCUUUGUUCCAGGGACCCCCACGGAGUCAGCGGCGGAGGAAUGGCUGGAGAUGACCACAGAGGAAGCUGCUCUCAAGGUCAUCGGAGAGCAGCUCCAGGGCAGAGACAAGGAUGAGGGGCAGCAGCUCAGGUUCCUGCGGGCCAUCUACCCCGCGUGUCUUGCUGCACAGGACAGAGGGCAGGACACGCUGGAGCCGCACUGCUGCAAGGCGGCUGUGGUGGAGAGGAUUGUGGAGCUCAUUGAGGAGCUUCCUAAAGACUCUCCACCCAGCGAGAUCCUCGCCAGCUGCCUGGCUGCUGUGGGCAACCUCAGCACCAUGAAACCAGCCCUUGAGCCUGAGCUAGAGUCCCGCCUCUUGCAAGCUGCCCUUGGCUCGGUCUUCACCCUGGGCACGGAGACGGACGCCACCGACAUCCAGGCGCUACACAAAGUCAUGCCAGAGCUCCUGGAUGCUGUGCUGGGGAACCUGCUGGAAUCAGGAGCUCUGGGAGGAUGGGACCAAUCUAGAGAGACCCUGACAAGUUGUGACCUGCAGGAUACAAGCUGCGUCCUGGGGAAAGAAUCCUUCUAA